AUGGCUGAUGAGUCGAGUACUCAUCAUACGCAUGAUAAUGAUGCGACGAACAUCCCUACCAAUGCUCCCAAUGUAGCUCCUGCCUACGAGAAAGAUCAUGGUCAAGAAAUUGAAGAUAAAGAUACUCACGGUAAAGGAAAAAUUGAUCUUACUCAACUAUCUACGAACCCCACUGGAGAAAUCCGCAAUCCCCUCGUCGGUAUCCCAAGACACCAACUUCUUCAGGACGUAGAAGCUUUCGCGACCAAACAUGGUAUCUCUGAGAUUCUUCCAAUUCUUACCAAAGGUGCUCUUGUUGCUCAAAGUCCUCAUCAUGCGGAUAAGAUAGUUGAACUUGAUGAUGAGGAUCGAAGAGUUUUGACCGAGGAAAUUACUCAUCGAUGGAAACAUCCCAAGGUCCUUUACAUGACUAUUAUUUUGAACUCUAUUGCUGCGGCUAUUCAAGGUUGGGAUCAAACGGGUGCUAAUGGUGCAAAUCUUACAUUUGGAGAUGCUCUAGGUAUUCCGGAUACAGGUCCUGUUUGCGAAGCUCAAGGUACUUGUGAUAAGAAUGCUUGGAUCAUUGGCGCUAUUAAUGCAAUGCCUUAUAUGGCCAUCUGUCUCUUCACCGCAUGGAUUUCCGACCCCGUAAACCACUACAUCGGCCGUCGCGGUACCAUCUUCGUCGCUGCAGUCUUCUCUCUACUCGCUCCCAUCGGCAUGGGAUGUUCUCAAACCUACGGACAACUAAUGGCAUGUCGUGUACUCCUCGGAGUCGGCAUGGGACUCAAAGAAGUGACGGUACCCGUCUUCUCCGCCGAAAAUUCCCCCACCAGUAUUCGCGGUGGUCUCGUCAUGUCCUGGCAAGUCUGGACCGCCUUUGGUAUCUUCCUCGGCACAUGUGCCAAUCUAGUCUUUGUACAUUCAGGAGCACUGGCUUGGCGAUUGCAAUUUGGUUCUGCGCUUGUUCCUGCGAUUCCUCUGGUUAUUGGCAUAUAUUUUUGUCCGGAAUCUCCUCGUUGGUUGUUGAAGAAAGGACGGGUUGCGAAAGCAUACAGAUCUUUAUUGCGAUUGAGAAAUUCGCCGCUGCAGGCCGCGAGGGAUUUGUAUUCUAUUCAGGCGCAGUUGGAUUAUGAGGAUCGUUUGUUGGAAGAGUCUGGUUUGGCGAAGAAUGGUAAUAUGUUUACGAGGUUUAUUGAGUUGUUUACGGUGCCGAGAUUGAGACGUGCUACUCAGGCUUCGGGUAUUGUUAUGAUUGCUCAACAGAUGUGUGGAAUCAACAUCAUUGCAUUCUACUCCUCUACAAUUUUCAAAAAUGCAGGUGCAACCAACGUUGGUGCUCUCCUCGCCUCUUUCGGUUUCGGUCUCAUAAAUUUCAUCUUCGCCUGGCCCGCUGUCUGGACCAUCGAUACAUUUGGACGACGAACCCUUCUGCUCUUCACAUUUCCCCAAAUGUUUUGGACACUCCUCGGCGCCGGUCUAUGCUACUUUAUUCCUACCUCCUCCAACGCACAUAUCGGCAUGGUAGCAUUUUUCAUCUACCUAUUCGAUAUAGCUUAUUCCCCGGGCGAAGGACCCGUCCCCUUCACCUACUCCGCAGAAGUCUUCCCCCUCAUCCAUCGUGAAAUCGGCAUGUCCUGGGCCGUCGCCACAAAUAAUUUCUGGGCCUCGGUCCUCUCUCUCACCCUCCCUCGCAUGUUAUCCGCGAUGAAACCUCAGGGUGUAUUUGGCUUCUACGCAGGUCUCAAUCUUGUCGCUUUCGUCCUUAUUUUCUUUUUCCUGCCAGAAACUAAACAAAGAACACUCGAGGAAUUAGAUUAUGUAUUUGCGGUUCCGACCAGAACUCAUGCCAAGUUUCAGAUUAAGCAACAGUUACCGUGGUGGGCGAGGAAAUAUCUUUUGAGGAGAAAGGGGGAGCCAGAACCGCAGUUGUAUAGGUUUGAGGAUGAGGAGUGGGUGGAGCAGGAGUUGGAUACGAGGGGUGUGAGUACGGCUCAUGAUGCGGGUGGGCAUUUGAGUAAGGAACUUGCUUAG